ACUCGUCUACUGCAGACAGUAGGGCGCCGCUAGAGCGGCAAGAAGGGCGAUAUUUUUUUGGCGUGGUGGCAGAACAGCUUCUCUUUUUUAAAUCAUUCCAACUGUUAAACAAAAUAGUUUUGUUUAAUUGAAACAUUUCAAUCAUUAUAAUAUCGAAAAAAUAUAAGAUUCCGACGGAUGAGUCGGACAAAGCUCUUGAUUUUGUGCGCUUGCGCACUAUUCGCUGAUAGUUUUGUUUUAAAGAAUGAGGAAUUUUUAGACCCGGUUAAUGAUAAUCAAAGAGAAGAAGUCAAUAAAGAAGAUGUUCAGAAAUUGUUUGAUAAUGCCAAAGCAGAAGAUGUUUCUAAUGAAGAAAUUGCCAAGGUUAUGAAAGAAUCUAACAUAGAUGGGAGUGAGCAUAAAAUAGAAGAGACUGUUGAUAAGAACGGCCAAGAGGCUGUUGUUCAUGUAAAGGAAACUGUACAAGACAAUCCUGAAGACGAGGAGCGUGUCAUUAAUGAGGAGGUAUUUAGUAUCCCUGAGGAAGAUGACACCGAAGUUAAGAGAAAGAGAAAAAGAUCAAUGAAGAGAGAUGAUAAACAGCAAGUAGAACUACUUAGUGAUCUCUUAAAAUUAGAAGAACAAGAGAAUAAUGACCUAGCCAACGCCCUAAGUCUUGCUACAAUGAACCAAGUUAGCGGAGAUGCAAAUGAGCAUCUUGAAGCGGAAAUUAAUUACUUGAAGAAAGCGAUCGCAGACGAAAACAGAAUUUCUGAAAUUAAAGAGAGACUUGGCCUUAGUAUAAAAGACGAAGAUGAAGAAGGAGAGGAAGAAGAAGAAGAAGAAGAAGAGCCACCGUUAAAUAUUCCUGUAAAAAAGGACAUAGCCGAUGAAUUAAUUUCUGAGAACAAUGAUAUAUAUCAGGAGGAAGAUAACGAUGAAGCAGACGAUGAAACAGAAAGAGAAAUGGAAAGUAAUGAAGAAGAAAGACAAAGUCAAGUAGAUGAUAUAGUUAGGAAACAAUUACUAGAAUAUUUGUACGAAAAUGAAAGAGCAUCAUCAGACUCUGAAGUCUACCUAAAUCCAUUUUAUCGCGAACUAAUGGAAAAAUACGGAUUACAAAAUACAAAUAAAAGAGAUGAAUGCCCGGCAAUUGCUGAAUAUUCUAGUCAAUGCAGAUUCGCCUUUGAAAGUUCUAUUGAACUGGAUGGAGAAGCUCUAGAAAUGUGUAAUAAACACGAAAUGUGCUACAUUUGCGGUUCAGCUUUAGGCCUAUCAGCAUCCCACUGCGACGUCAGCUAUUUGCGUGAAGCAUCAAAGGCCUGCAAACGUGAAGACUAUAACAACUGUGGUAGGGAGGCUGCAGAUCUUUUCUUCCUGAUGCGUCAAAGGCAGCGUUACAAAUCAAAUUCGCCAGAUAUGUGCUACUCCCAAUGCAUAAUCGAUUACUUAAUCGGACAAAGUUAGGCUUUAACUGGUUCUUUAUAUUUCCCUCCGACAUUUUAUCAGCGAAAAGAUCUGGCAAAGAAAUAUUCAUAUUCUAGACGGAAUUGGUUGAAGAAGCCACCACCAGUCAAGCCGUAGUGGAAGAAGUUUUUUUGCUGGUUGUUUUGCUGUAUCAAAUAAUGGAAUGAGGGAAAAUAUUAGACUGGUUUUCUUCUUUGUUCCAGAGAAUUUUUUUUCUCGUUUGAAAAAAAAGUUUGUGUUGUAACGUCAUGAAAUAAAUAAGUGUUGUAACGAGAGUUUAACUGGAAGAAGCAGUGAACCUUGUUGACCUUAAUUUCACUUUAUUAUUACUUUUUUUUCUAUUUAAUAUGCAUAUUUAGUAAUUUUCGCCAUUUAAAAAAUAUCUUAGAUAACAAUAAUACUAAGCUAAAAAGAAAGAAAGAAAUAGUCAACUUUGUAUCUCUAUAAGCUUGUAGAAAUAAAUAGAGAAAUAGAGAGGUUGAGAAUUUCAAGGAGAAGAUAAAAAAGACAUAAAAUUCAAUUCUUUUCUUUAGGUCCAUAUUUCUAUUGAUUAUUUCCAAGAUACAGUUGCUAAAACACAAACAAAACAAAGAAUUAUCUUAAACAAUUAUCGAUUCUAUAUAAAUUUCUAUCAUAAUGUAAAAAUAUCGAUUAAAUAUUAACAAGUUUUUAUAAUUUCGCUAAAUAUUCGAUAUGAGAAUAUUAUACUAUAUAUAUAAAACAUAUGCAUCGCCUCUCUCUCUCUCUCUCUCUCUGUAACAACCGAUAUAUUACAUAUAGCUAACUCUACUCUAUCAGCUAUUUAGCAAACGUUGCUAAAAAAAAAGACCCCCAUUGAACGAACAUUUCAAAAACAUUAUGAUGCACUGCCAUGUACUUUUUACGGUGGUAAAUUGAUAUAUCAUAUCGAUAUGAUUAUUAUUUCUAUCAAAAGGCAAAAAAAACACGUUACUCUUAUUAAUUACAUGGACUAUUUAACUUGUUUACGUAGUUAACUUUCCAAUUUCACAGUCUUGUAUAAAAAUUAUUACGUAAUGGCAUAAUUUUCCAAUAUUCUCUUAUUAGCUAGUUUGUUUAAAAUCUAUAAAUUUUAUAGGCGUUUCUUCACCAAGUGGUAAAAAAAAUAUAUACAAUAUAAGCGUCUCUGUUUUCUCUUAUGGAGUGUAAUUUUAUUUUAUAUUCCACUUAUCUACCUUCAACAGAGCGAUAGAUAUUUCAAAGAAAGCCGCUAGAGAGUCAGCUAUUUAAAUAUAGAGAGUUAUUAAACAAAGAGAUAUCCAACUUAUUAAAUAUACGUUUGUUUGUUUGCUUGUUUGAAAAUUAUCAAUUAAAAAAUGUAAUUUUAUUCAAAAUAUUACAA